ACCAGAUAUAGUUCUUCUCCAGAACCAUUCAUAAAGCAAAAAGAUAAUAUUAGUAAAAGUAAGAAAAGUAAGAAAAAGGAUGAAUGCUCAAAACCAAUUAUUACAAGCUGCAUUACUCUUCCAUCUACGUUAACUUCUAAUGAUUUUACGAACGAUAACAUUAUUUUUGAUGCAAAUUUAAGUGUUGUAGAAGCACCUGGAUCAUCGAAUUCAAUGCCUGUGACAUUUGUUAAUAAAACGGAUUCUAAUAAGGAAAUAGACAUAGUACAAGAUAUUGCUAUCAUUAAAGAGCAAUGUGCUUCAAUAUGUCGUAUGCACGCAUCGCUCCUUCUCACAUUAAAAAAUAUUAACGAAAUAUUACAUAUAAUGGAGCGCAAACCUGGAACCUCUGAUGGAAUACGAUAUCAAUUCUUAGAUCCGUUAUUGCCAUUAAAAAAUCUUCAAAACAUUGUUACUUUAGAAGAACUUAUCACAAGUAAUGAUUCAGCUCUUUCUCAAUAUAAAAAUUUUAUUGCCAAUAUUGGAGGGCAUACACCGAGAGAUAAUAUUCAAAGGAUUCUAAGAAAAGUUUUUUCUGAUGAGUGUACUAAAUUAUGUUCAUGGAAAGGAAAAAAAACAAUUAUGCUGUUCAUGACUUACGAAUAAUUAUAGAAAUUCAUCAAAUUGUUGCUUCGUCUUAUGAACAGUUUAAGGAAAUUGAAUUAGAAGAUAUUGCUGCAGAGUGGUUUCGCUUUGCAAAGCAGCGA